AGUCUCGAGCCCCAAAGUAACCGGAGCAGCCGUUACCUUUUUAUCUUAUUCGCUUAUGCGUUUGAGGGAAUAAUGCGAAAAGAAAUGUUUACUAUUUAUAACAGCAACACUGAGUUAUUUAAUUUUGACUGACAGGGGUAGUAUGAUAAACAAAACAGCUGCUGAAAGUUGUCAUUGGUUGGGCUUCAAACUUGCUAGCCGCCCCCAGCCAAAGUGUAGCGUAAGAAAAAGUCAAGCGAGAUGCUAACGCGUAGCUAGGCUAACACUAGUUGGCUAACCGCAUCCGUUGGGAGACUUUUCUCGCUGUUUCAUAUGCUUCACUAUCACGACUUUUAACUAGCGGCAAGAGCCUUUUCAGUGUUGACACUGGAUAUACUAGAGGUAAUGUUAGUUUGGCCCAACAGUGUUAGUAAGCAAGAUAAUGUUAGCUAGCUAGGGUAGCUUUAGCGAUAGCAAAACAAGAGCUGUGCUUCGGGAGUCAGCUGACAGUCUGCCGUUGGCUGCCAAAAGAUCAGUGAUGGAUCAACUGAAAGUGAAGGAUCGCAUAUUGGAAAACAUCUCUCUAUCUGUCAAGAAGCUGCAGAGUUACUUUGCAGCCUGUGAAGAUGAGACCCCAGCAAUUCGAAACCAUGACCGGGUUCUGCAGCGCCUCUGUGAACACCUUGACCAUGCUCUAUUGUAUGGGCUGCAAGAUAUCUCCUCAGGCUACUGGGUCCUGGUUCUUCACUUUACCAGAAGAGAAGCUGUCCGUCAGAUAGAUGAGCUUCAGCACAUAGCAACUAACCUUGGGCGAAGCCGUGCAUGGUUAUACCUGGCACUGAGUGAGAGUUCUUUAGAAAGCUACCUACGCCUCUUCCAGGAAAACCAAGGCUUACUGCAGAAGUAUUACUUCAAGAACGCAUUAGUCUGCAGCCAUGAUCACCUCACGCUCUUCCUCACACUGGUGUCUGGGUUGGAAUUCAUCCGAUUUGAUCUGGAGCUGGAUGUGCCCUAUCUGGAUGUGGCUCCCUACAUGCCAGAAUACUACAAACCCCAGAAUCUACUGGACUUUGAGGAAAGGCUACCAAGCUCAGACAGCUUGUCCUUGCACUCCUUCACAUCCCUCACUUCAACAAACCUGGAAUGGGAUGACAGUGCCAUAGCCCCGUCCAGUGAAGAUUAUGAUUUCGGUGACAUCUUCCCCGUGCUGCAGUCAUUGCCAAGUGCAGACUGGGAAGAGGGUGACCUGACGGACCAGGCCAGCUGCCCACGGUCCAGUGGCUCUGAUCCUCAGACGGUCAUCAGUGACACUGUGGUCCUUCCUGCACACACGGUCUGUGUGAAAGGAGCAGCUCAUCCCUCUGCACACAGCCCCACAUUCAGACACAACCCCUUCAACGAAGAUUCAGACACAAACACCAACACCUCAGCCGAUAUCACGCCAGUUCACGUGGCCAGCCGCCAUAAUGUGAUCACUCCCACCAAUGGAGAUGACAUAGAGAAUGCCAGUAAUGAGCUGGAGGUCAUCAGGAUGGCCAAGCGAAGGAAACCAACCAAGAAGCGACGAGGGAAGGGCUCUACAGAUUCCAGCAGCAGCAUCCAUAACUCAGUCUCCUCUGAGCACAUAGAAAUAGACAGCAGCCUUCAGGCUUCAGAGGAUGUGGACUUAUCAAACUGCUCUGCUUUCCAGCUAGAGGCUGAAGGAGACAUGAGGAGGAGCAGGGUGGGAUCAGAGGUUGUGGAGGAAGGAGAUGAGGAUGGAGUGGAAGGCCUCCUGCGGCUCCCGAAGAUGAGGGACACCUCCAUGGACACAGUGGGCCAACCCCUCAGUGAUGUCAUGGAUCGGCUCAACGGGGCUCUUGACAAUGAGGAGGAACCCUGGGAGCACCUAGAGGAGGAUGUAGAGGAGAAAAACAGUGAAGACUGUAACCAUAAUGCCGAGCCCCCUGAACAGCAGCCCUUUCGAGAGGGUACAGGGGGCGAGCCACCUGACCGUGCCAAUGGAGAGACGUGUCUCUCUCCCCUGGCCGCAAGCCCCAAUUUCCUGCAGACCUCCCCUGCACCUACAGACUUAUGCUGCUUUACCGCCAACAGUCCAGACUCUGCUCCCACAGGUGGUGGCUACUAUGACAUUACAGAGCAUAGCCAGUCGCAGACUCUUUCAGGUGGCAUUGAUGAUGAAAAACAGGCAGAAGCGUCGUCAGGACAGAAAUCAGACAUGAAGACCCAAGGGGAAGAAACAGAGGAAGGACAGGAAGCAGGUACAGAGGAACUGCAAGAGGAGAAGCUAAGUCCCUCUGAAAGCACUCAUCCUGCAGAGUUUAAGGUGGAUAACAAUCACUUGCUGCUUCUCAUGAUUCACGUAUUCAGAGAGAAUGAAGAGCAGCUCUUUAAGAUGGUAAGAAUGAGCACGGGCCAUAUGGAGGGUGAUCUCCAGCCACUCUAUCUGCUGCUGACUGAUUGUUACAUUUACCUGCUUAGGAAGGGUGCAGCAGAGAAGCCCUAUACAGUAGAAGAUGCUGUUUCUUAUAAUGAGCUGGACUAUCUAUCAGUGGGCCUCGACCAGCAGACUGUGACAGUAGUUUGCACCAACAGACGAAGGAAAUUCCUGUUGGACACAGCUGACGCUUCUCUAACAGUCUGGUUCUUGUCUAUUCUGAAGUCAGCCAUGGUGAAGGGUUGUCGGGAGCCUCCUUACCCUUCUGUUUUGACUGAUGCUACAAUGGAAAAACUGGCUCUGACCAAGUUUGUCUCCCAGGAAUCUCACUGUGAGGUGUCCGAAGUGUCUAUCCAGCUAUAUUCUUUGGUCCACUGGGAGGAUCCAAUGGAAAUGGCCAUAUCACCCCAGGGUGGCCCAUCAAGGUGUGGGGGAGCUUCCAGCACCAAGGAGGGCACACUACAGUACCGAGCUGGAACCACCUACCUUGGCAAAGAGUUGUGGAAAAGCUGCUACCUCGUCCUCAGUAAUGGGAUUCUUUACCUGUAUUCAGAAAGAACUGAUGGGACACCUGUAAUGUCAGUCACUAUGGGAGGAGAGCACUGCGGAGGCUGCCGGCGCUCAAACAGCACAGAGCAUCCCCAUGCCUUCCAGGUCAUCCUGACCGAACGGCCUCCACUAGAGCUCAGUGCUAACAAUGAGCAGGACAUGGCUGACUGGAUGCAGCUGCUCUGCCAGUCCGUCUCCAGAGGGGUUAUCCCCCAGGGUGUGGCUCCAACCCCAUGCAUCCCAUGCUGCUUGGUGGUGACGGAUAUGAAGCUGCUUACCUGCCAUCAGGACUGUCAGACAAGCUUUUUUCGUUCAUUGGGCAGCGCUGAUAUCUGUGAUGUCACGGGGGUUAGCCUUGAAGCAGACAAGGAGUACUGUGUCAUUGAGUUUGCAGCUGAUCGGACCCAGUUCCUUCCUCCGUGGGUCUUGUACUUCAGUGGCUGUGAGGAGAGAGAUCGACUUCUGGGGGCGUUGAACAGCACAUGGAAGGCUAUUUUCCAGGUUGACCUCCCCCACAGAGAGGUGUUUGAUCCGUCUGUGCAGAAGCGUUGUGGUGAGGCCCUCGCUCUGAUGCACAGUGCCUGGCAAAGAGCAGACAGUUUGGCCAGAGGCAGAGCCCAGCGUGAACCCUGGUGCUAAUGGACCCACACAGACACACGUACAUACAAUUAACUAUGGUUAGCCACUGGAAUUGGCUGAUAUUUCAGCAGUUUUCUAUAGUUCCAGGAUAGAGCUUUAACUCUUACAUAAACAUCACCACAAACAGAUCAGUGUGGAGCAAGAUAGAAGAUGGAGGUAAGCCAAUCAGAUAAGGCUAUAUGUUGUAAUGCUACAAUCUGACCUUUGCCACGCAUCUCUGAUUCGCUGGUAAAUCUGUAUAUCAUAGGAACAGCAGGAGCAGCAAGGCAUAUGGCACAGCCUUUGCAGUGAUGCAAAACAUUAUCACCAUUGAAGACAUUCAAGGAUGCCUCUGCAGGAACAUGCAUUCUGAAAAGCAAGGUUAUUUGAUAGGAUGUCUUUUGAGGGACUGAAAUUUUGCAGAAAACAAAAUCAGUUGUGUAAUGAAUACACACAUUGAUAACAAUGUGUGUAUUCUUGCUACACUGUACGUCAACAAGCCCCUCUGAAGUAAGAAUAAAUGUAUACCUCCAGAAGUUUCCUUCGAGGGGAAUCUGCUUGAAAGUGUACAAGGAUCUGAGUUAAAAGUAAAAAUAAGAGGUGUUAUAACUAUUAGUUUUCCUGUGUGGUGAAGUAAAUGAAAGAAUUUAAUAAUCAUUACAUUAAUAAUGAUUUAUUAAAAAUUGUUCUGGAUGCUCCUUGUGCUAUUUGUGAAGAAAGCCAUAUAUAAAGAGGGAACUAAAUGCUUGUUCACUUCAUGCUCCCUUGCCUUGCACAAAAAAGUGCUUUCUUCUGCACAACUUUAAAAUGAUACAAAUCACUCCUUGCUUGCUAACAGUUAGCAGAAGCUCUACUGAACUGCUUAAAUGUGGCACAUCCAUAAACUAAUAUAAGGCACUGUACAGUAUCUAUGAAUAAUCACUGAUGGUCGUGUAUGUCUCUGCUCUUCAGUUUUGGUUUGUCUGAUGACUCAUACCUCUACACUGAUCAAAGAACAUGUGGUUAUUUAACUCUUGCACUGUUACAUGACAUGCAUAUACCUGUUUUGUCUGUCUGAGAUGUUUCUCUACUAGUUUGAAAGUGAUCACCCAGAUAAAGAUAUCAGGAAAUGCAACAGACUUGCCUUUUUCUCCGCUCCAGAAAAACGAGUGGAGGCUUCCAUGCUGACUUGCACAUUGUUAGUCUUUUUAAUUUAAAUGGUACUAGUUUUAUUGAAUUAAGAACAUGCUCAUUUAUUUACAUUUUGUGAAAGUGGGAACAAUUAUUUCUAAAUUAUUAGAGUAUAGUAACAUUUAAUGAUAAGUAUAGCAUCUGCUUUGGCAGAUGUGUGCAUCCCUUAAAUAUGGGUAUUGUCAAGUUAGAAUGACACUCUGAGUGAGGAAUCCUUUAAUGAUUGACAGCUACAAGACUUUUUUGGCUUUACCGUUUCACUCCUGGCUGGAAAAAACAUGUAUAUUUACAUUAUCCAUCAUGUAAAGGGUUCAACUGAUGGUUUACAGCCUGAAGCAACUGUUACAUAUAUAGCAUGUAAUAUCACUAAAAAUUAAUAUAAAAUUGAGUAUGUGUUACAAUCUGUCCUCAACAUUAACACAGCUUUGAGUUAUACUGCUCCUGUAAUGAUAUUAGUGUAACCACUCUCGUGUCAAGGAUGACAAAAAUGUGGGAUAUGUUUCACAAUGACAAUGUUGCCUUUAUGAUAAUCUCUUAAAACAAAUAUUUGCAUAUGAAUGCACAAUCUGUUGGCACUGGACAAGACUGUGGUUUGGGAAGUGGUAUUGACUAACCACUUUGAAAGGGCUUUCGUUGGGAAGAAAGAAGAUAGAUAAAAUAGAUAAAGUGGAUCUCUUAUUAGAGACAUAAUAGUGUCCAUGUAUAGAAUAUGACUCCUGUUGAUAAGAUGCUGGUAUUAAACCGGCAGGUUUUUCUUGAAAAUUGUGGUUGUGUUCAGUAGAGUACAGACACUAAAUUUCUUGUUCAAUGUUUCUACCAAAACGAUGAUAUUAAACACAUGCCAGUAUGGAAAACCUUCGAAUAAUACCCAGCUCGACACAUUUAUUACCAACUUAAGUUUAAAAGCAUAUGUCUAUGUUCCUCAGCCACACUGUAUGACCUUCAUGUUAGCAUCAGUGCUUUACACAUUUCUAAGUGCCACUUGUUCUUUCUCAUCUUCUGCUCUUUACAAAGAAAUCUAAUCUCAGGUGACAAAGGUACUUCACAUUAGAAACCUUAACAAUCACCAAAUUUUUUUUUAACUGCUGCUGUUUUGUCUAAUUUUAGUUUUUAAAUCCCCUUUUUUAUAGUUUUUUUCUGUUUCCUCCUGUGUUCAGUACAGCAUUAUGAAGUUAUUUUGCGCAGAGAGAAAGAGAGCUGCAAAGCACCAUGAAAUGUUGGUAAAAGGUUUGAUGUAAAACUCCUUUACUAAUUCAUCAGGUUCCAAAAUAGGACUGGUUUGUAUGAAUCCUCUGCCCCAGUGGGUUACUUCAGGUCUUCUUGACCAGGGACAGUAAAGUUGCAAUAGUUGGACUUACUUGAAAUGUUUGUUGGAUUAUUCAUUUGAAAGCUGAAUACUUAAAGAUGUGGCCUAUGAAGUGUAUAUUAAGAAAGAGAUCCCUUUUUUGAGCAGUGUUUUGAAUGUGGGACAUUGCUGGCCAAUGAUGGAAGACAUCUGCUAAAAGAUGCAUUGUCAAAGCGUUUUAUUGAUUUUGUUCAUUAAUGCGUACUGCAUGUAAUAUUUGUAUUAUGUUUAGCAGGUUUUUGGAAUUGUAAAUUGAGCACUAAUCAGUAUAACAUGCUGUACACUCACAUACGAGGUGCAUGUCCUGAAGGUUUUAUACUGUUCAUAAUGAUAAUGAAUGUACAAAUAAACCUUUGUGAUUGGACAGCGUAACAGAAUAAACAGAUGUAAAGAA